UUAUUUUUUUUUUUUGGGUCUGACAUUGACAUGUGGCAUGUAGCUGCGGGUUGCUGUUCUGAUAUCAAGAAAUAUUCACGGCCAUUCUGCUCUAGACUUCCCCAAUAUCUAAGAAUAAUUUGCACUUAUCUCCUUCAAUUUGAUGCACUCGACAAUUUUUUAUACGUUCGUACCUCUGACUGAAUGCUUCCUUUACAGAACUUGACGUUAUUAAAGGUAUAAUUUUAUUGCCUCUCCACACGAGAUAAGAACUAUAGCACCGUAUAGCUUAUCGAUGCAGACGACACAUCUGCACAAUGGGUUCAGUUUCAUCAUCCAACGGGCGCAGGGAGGUGCAGUCGAAUGAUAUCAUCAAUCAUCCCCAAGGUGACGAGAUCAUCGUUCAAGACCCAAAAGGUGACCAGACCCCACAAGGAUCACAGACCCCAGCCUCAGUAUCCAGUCUAACCCCCCGUGGCUCCCCGCAGUCUGGUCGGAAAACUUCUGACGCUUUCCUUUCACCCCAUUCUCGAAGCCCCACCCACAGCAGGGGUUCUAGCCCCUGUCGGGGUGACAUGGCUGGGGAUGAAGGCCGCCGGAAAUCCUCCGCUUCUGAUUGCAUGAAGGCCCGCAUUCUCGUCAAGACUGGCGACCAGGAGAAGUCUGGUACAGACGCUAACGUCUACAUUCAACUGGAAGACAACAACGGCUUGAAGACGAUCAACCUCAAGCUCGACAAGCCUUACUAUGAUGACCUGGAGAGAGGGAAACUGGACACGUACACGCUUCAUUUGCCAGAAGGCUUCGAGCGCGUGGUGAAACUGUACCUGCAGCGGGACCGUAAGGGGAUGCUGGACGGCUGGUUCUGCGACUACAUAAUCGUGCAGGAUCCCCGCUUUGCGAGGCUCAAGAAGCACCGCAAGAUCCCUAAGGAGAAGCUCCUAGCGCCGGGCACGGCAGCCGACAACGACUGCGUCACAGGAUUAAAGUCGGAGUACUACUUCCCCAUGCACCGGUGGGUGAACCACUCGCUGCGCUACGAGCUCGCCGAGUACGCAGACCGUUGA